AAGUUGAAAUGUGACGUAAGGACGUACACAGCGUAGUUGGAAGACGAAACACAAAUAUCACUUUGCAAACAAGUUUUUCUUUAUGUCUUCAUUCAUUGACAUGGAUAUAUGAAUUGAAAGCACGUCUGGACGGGAACAUUUCGUCUUUGAUAUCCGGUAAAUUUGUGAGCUUUUAAAGGGAACGGAGGCUUCCAGCUAGUUGCAAGUAAGCUAGCAUGUUAGCUGCUAGCCCGGUGUGUAGCAUGCUAUGGAUCCGUGGAGUAUAAUUCCAGACGAGGUGGCUUUGGAGGGACUGGACGGGAUAACUAUCCCCACUCUCUGGAUUCGGCUAGAAAAUAGAGUGCCCAAGUUUCCCCUCAAGCUCGACGACUGCACCAAGGAGCUUAUCUGGAAGUCUCUGGUCAGCAACACCGACCUGAAGUUCUACGAGCUGCCGAAGGAGAGAGAGGAUGUCGUGCUGAUUGAUAGGUUUCAGGACAACGAUGCGGAGAAUGGCGAUAAAAUAACACACAAAACUUUGGAAACCCCCAAAGACAUCUACCCCAUUCAUGUUGUUCCAGAAAAUAAAGAGAGGACACAGGGAUCAUGUGCCCACUUUAAGGAGAGGAAAGACGUCACAAAGCAGGUCCGCUCCAAGUCCCCCACACUGUUGGUCAACUUGGAGGAGGCCUUGGAAAGAUAUGGGCGAAAACUUGUCGUGGUGGCGUCUCAGACUCUGCGAUUUCGAACUCUGAUUGGAAGUGAGAGCGACCCUGAUUUAAAACUCACCGAUGACUCUUACUGUGUGCUGGAAAGAGUGGGUCGAGCCCGGUGGCAAGGAGAGCUACAAAGUGAUCUGCAUGGAGGCUCGUUCAAGGUGGAUGCCCGAAAGUUUCACUACUUGAGGAAGUCUCUUGUCAGACAUCAGCUGGUCACCAUGCAGGGCUUCGUCAGACGACUGGCGUCCGGAACGCAGCAGCACUCCAUCCUUCUGCUGCUCAAACGCUUCCAUGUAAACAGGAGGACUAAGUACGAAGCACUGAUGGAGUACGUAUCCAACUUUCUCCAGCAGUCACCGGGUCAGUUUGCUACCAUGAUGAUGUUUAAAGCACAUCUUCAGGUGAAUGAAAGAAGUUUCCGGCGUCUGUUUAAAUACAUGCGAGCUGCCAGGUUGGUCGAGUUUUGCCAGUACCCUUUGGAGGAAUUGGAUCCCGGCGCUGGACCCUGCACCAACAAAAAUGGUAGUAAAGUCCUCGUGCGCUGUGUGAGGCUGGUGAAGCCAUAUGUAAAGAAGGGCAUCCCGGAUGAUGAGGAUGAUGACGAUGAAGACGAAGAAGAUGAGGCUGGAGGAAGAACAGGAGGUUCCCGUUCAGAGGGGCGAAUCAUGGAGAGGGACAUCAUGUCGCAGGCCUAUCACCUCAUUUUGUCCUCUGGUACGAAGGGACUCCCCCAGCGUGACAUCACGUUUAGAAUGAACAUCGGUAAACUGGAAGCUCGGAUGGUCUGCCGAAGGCUGGAGAGUGAUGGUUUGGUUAAGGGAUUCCUGGAGGAUGAGGGCCGGCAGAGGACGACAAAAUUCAUCAGUCAUAAAUUUGUGGGUGUCAGUGAUCGACUCCAAAUGUUUAACAAAGAGCGGGAACGGACGAAGCAGCUCUACUCUUCUGCACCACAAUCGUCAAGCACUGAACUGACCUCCCCCACAGCAUCAUUAACCUCCAAGUCAGCAGCAAAAGGAAAAGGCAAAACUCCUGCAGGCAAGAAGAAUAAAAAAGCAGGUGGAGGAGACACCGAAGAUGCAGAGGAGGCAGAGCAGGCGGUUGAUGAUAGCAAAGGGGAGGCGGGGGAUGGACAGUCGGACAGAAAGGGAGGUAAAGCAAAAGGAAAGUCAGCAGCAAGAAGACGGACAGCAGGUGAAAAUGGCAGUGUGGCAACACAACAGACACAGCCUGGCAUGUCUGCCAUGCAGCCUACACUGGCUGAAUGUGAAACUCUGCCCUGCAGCGAGUCCAUGACUAGUGUUACACGUGACUCAGAGUCCAUUCCUGCACCAGUCCAAGCUUCAGUGAAUGAGGAGAUUCAGUCCAGCUCGGCCUCUACCAGCUCUUUGCCUCAGCGUGAGGCGUUAAAUGAAGCGGAGAAUCCCACAGACAACAACCCUGUGGUUGUUAAAAGUGUUUUCCAGUCACCGGACUCCAGUUACGAGAAAUCCAAAAAGUCUUCGAAGAAUUCUCACGUAACGUACCGCCUGCUGAGGAGGAAGAACCUGAUUGUCGAGGCUGUUCGUAACUUCAAAAUAAUAGAGGGCCUUUUCCCGCUGCAGAAGAUGAUCAAUGACGAAGAGAAGACUGGCUUUAGUUCAAAGUGUUGCAGGAAGACGAUUUUACGUCUCAUCCAAGGUCUGUCUAGAGAAGGCUUGCUCAAGCUGUUUACAACUACUGUUGUACAGGAUGGCAUCACCAAGAAGGUUGACUUGGUUGUUCAUCCGUCCAUUCAACCCAGUGAUGACAAAGUAAAGGAAGUGAUUGAGCAGGUCCGGUUUAAAAUCUCCAGCUCUUAUGCAGCUGUACGCCUGCACGCUGAAGAGAGCGCCCGAGAUCCGAAGACCAAGGCUGACAGAAAGAAAGGGGGCAAUAAAGAUGAAACGGAGUUCAAGCCUACAACAGUUCGUGGUUUGGGUAGGAGUUUCGGCUUCCAACCCAAGAUGCCUCGUCUGCGCGUUGUUCAUACCUUCCUCUGGUACCUGAUCUACGGGCAUCCACUGCAACAGAGCUCCGCCUGCACUGACUCCACCAACCAAAUGCAAACUAGCCAGAGCAGCCCUGAUCCCGAUGCCAAAGACACAGACAGCUGUGCAGAACAGCAUCUAAAGGAAAUGGAAAACUCAACAUCUGACAAUGCUGGCAGCAGCUCUGUGGACCAGCAGGCCGAAGACCCCGGGCUUCACAACUUAGAUGUGAUCUCAGGUGACGAAGGGGAGGAGCCCAAAGAUAAAUCAGUUCCUGGCCCGGCUGACAUGAAAGUGUAUGCUGAUGAAGACUCGUGGAAGAGAUUCGUCCCUCCUGUCCGUCUUCACAAAGAAUACGCCAGCGGCUGGGCGAUGGUGGGCGACCUCCUCCUCUGCCUGCCUCUCUCCGUCUUUGUUCAGGUCAUACAAAUUAAUUAUAAGGUGGAUGGACUGGAGGAGUAUCUCAAUGAUCCUGUGAAGCAGCACCACCUCAUUAGAACGCUUCCUGCAGGAAUGAAACGACAGCUGCUUUAUAAACGAAAAUACAUCUUCUCGUUUCAUGAGUGCCUGCAGAAGUUGGUGUACAUGGGUCUGCUGCAGUUUGGUCCCGCAACGAAGUUCAAGGACAAAGAUCAGGUGUUUGUUUAUCUGAAACGCAACACCACAAUUGUUGACACCACCAACGCUGAGCCUCACUAUUGGCUGAUCACAGAGUCACCUGACAAACCAUUUGAAAGACGCAUGUACACACUGAACACUGCUGAGGAUGUGGAAAACUACUGGUUCGACCUGAUGUGUGUCUGCCUCAAUACACCACUGGGGGUGAUCCGUAGCAAGAGAAAUGCCACUGAUGAAGAAUCUGCUCCUUCCUUCGUGCACGACCGCAACGUGUUCGUAGGAAUGGCUUACCUGCUAAAGGGCAGCCAGGAAGUGUGUGAUGACGGUUCGAUACCGGGAGACGGUAAAGGCGCCGGAGGUCUGGACUCUGAAUUCUUUGGGCAUCUUAAACGCAACUGGCUGUGGACUAAUCACCUGCUUGCUGUUAAAUCAAGCCCAUCUGGCUCCGAGGCACAGGAGACCAAAAACAGACUGAAGAGCCUCCUGAGUAAAAACUUUCUCAGGAUUGCCCUUAAAGCGGGAGGAACUACUACACCUCGAUAUGUGACUGCCAAGCGACCGGUGACGGUAGAAAAUGUUGAGGUGGUGAUAGAACCUUCUUCCAGAAACCAACAGGUGGUUGGAGGAAAGGGCCAGAAAAGAAAGAGAUCCAAAAAGGAUGUCCCAAAGCCCCCACGAAAGAAAAGGAAAGAGCCAAAGAAACGCAGUGGUGCCCAUGACGAGGCGGACCACAAGGCUUUGAAAAGGAUGACCAAACAGAGAGUCUACUGGUCUAUUCAGGAAGACUCACUGAUGAUGCUCUGCAGUGUGGCCUCACACUUGUUCAACAGCAAGUUAAAAAGGCCGUUCGUCGCUCACUGUGUGGUGAGAGACAUGCUCCACGCAGAGUUUGAGAUAUCAAUGGAUAAAACAUCGCUUGCUGUUGGACGUCGCUCAAGAUACAUCCAAAAUCCUCAGACACUUCUGAACUACAGGAUCUGUCUGGCUGAGGUGUUCCAGGACAAAACUCUGAUGAGACUGUUGGAGGAGAACAAGCCGACUGAUCCUGAAAGUCCAGAGGACUGUACCAAAGCGUACUCAGAGUACAUCAGGCUGCUCAGACAGAAGUUCAGCUGUGUCCUGAGCGCUGGUGAUCUGAUCAUGCCUGACACGAAACAGCAGCUCUUUUCACGGUUUAAGGUUUCUGCAAUAGAUGAUCGAAGAAAGGUGUCCCCUAGAGACACCAUCAGUUGCAGAAAAGACAUUCAUGCCAUCGUGUUGCAUAACCUGAUCCAGAGCACUCUGGCCAUGACCAACAGCCAGAUGAAAUCCUCCAGAUCAUUUCAGGCCUUUCACAUGUACAGUAAGUACCACCAGGAGCUGCUGUGCAGAGUGUUCGUUGAGUGCAGGAAGAGGGGUCUGGUCAACCGCCGUCGUGUCAAUCAGCCGUUUGGACCAAAAAAGAACCGAGCGUUGCCCAUCCUUCCCAUGUCCUACCAGCUGUCCCAGUCCUACUACAGGUGUUUUUCAUGGCGUUUUCCUCAGUCGCUGUGCACCGAUUCCUUCUGCUACUUAAGGAGUCUAAUUAACAACGGGACAGGAGAUGGCAGGCCUUUCAUAGAAUUCUACCACGAAACUGAAAACAGGUCACAGACGGAGGAUGAAAUGCUGGAGAGCACAGCUGGACCGAAAAGAAAAGAGGGUGACAGAUCAGCGAGCGAAGCAGAAAUGCAAUCAGAGAAGACAACAGGUGAUUCUACAAAAGAGGCAGACAGCAACCAAGAUACAGUGGAAGGUGAAGGGACAUUGGAAGCAGACAAAAAAGAUGAGGAAACUGAGGCGAUGAACAAAUCGGAUGAACAGACAAACCCGGAUGACUGCCUCACGUCUGGCUCUGGUGAAGCAGCAUCGGGCAAAGAGCAGACAGACGACCAUCUGCCCGUGGAGGCGCCACCGGAAACCCCAGCCACGUCCGGCGCAGCAGCGGCUCGAGCUUCAGAGGAUCCUCCAGACGUGUCGGACAUGUUGCAGUUCUCUCUGUUCUCUCCAGGUGGCGCCUGCGUGGUCUCUCUCAGCCUGAUGUGUCUGGGCCUGCUGAGUGUGCACCUGUCCAUCCCGAAGCAGAUGGUGGUGGUGGACAGCAGCCUGGUGGACAACGACGUGGUGAAGAGUAUGGCAACACUCGAAGACGAAGAUGACGAUGACGACGACGGUGAGGACUGUGAGGGGAGAAAAAAGCUGCAAGUGACGGCACACCAGGCAUCACACACGAACUACUUGAUAAUGCGAGGAUACUGCUCCCCUGGCAUAGUGAAAAUACGUAACCUGAACACCAGCGACAACAUCGUGGUGGAGUCGUGUAUCAUGAGGUUGCUGCUGCGUAACACACCUGCACACCACGUGUUCAGUACACAGGACUCUCCACCGUUGGACUUGACUAAAUGCGGUCCAUCCCUGCUGCCCUCCAUCCUCACCUACUUUGUCCAUUCACCUUCCUCCUCUCCACUCACUGUAGAGGAGUGUAACAGCUGCUUUAUUCAGCAAAGAGGAUACACGCCUCAGGACAUUGAGGCGUGCGAUCAGCUCAGGAGAAGCUUGCAUGAAGCUCGCGAGAAUGGUCUGGAUGUGCAUGACCUUCACAAGGCUCAUGUGGACCUGCAGGAGCCACAGUGUGGGCGCACCAGGAGCCUGCAGCAGUAUAUGCAGGACCUCCAGGAAGAAGGUCAGGCGGUGGCAGUUGGCAGUCUGGGUGUCCGCUGGGUGCUCAAGCAGCAUGCUGAACCAUGGCUGCUGACUGUUAACCGCAAGCAAUGGUCCCUGUCAAACGUCACGCCCGAUGGACUCCCCUCACUGGAGAAUCCAUACCACCAGUCGUUUGCACACAAGAGAUGCAGCCGAGAAAUCCAUCAGGAUACAGAGGAACCACCAGCAAAAAGACUUUCUGUGGACAGAGACAAAGGCUCUGACGUAGAGGAAGAAGAUGUGUUACCAAAUAACACAACAAAAGAGAAAAUAAAUGAGGAAGAACAGCAGAAAGGGACAGAGGAUGAGGAAAGUGGAGGCAAACAGCCACACUUGGAAGAGGAGGGAAGAAGGCAGACACAGACUGAGGAUGAAAGGAAGGAGAAGGUGGAAACUGAGAAAAGACAGGAUGACACAGAAGAUCCGAGGGUCGGAGAGCACAGUGUAGAUGGUGAAAAAGAUGACAAGGAAUGCUCUCUAGCUCCAGGAUCGCCUGAUGAAGAUGCAACCAUGAGUUUCAUCGGCCGGCCGUGGCGAAUGGUUGAUGGUAAGCUGAACCGACCGGUGUGUAAGGGCAUGCUGGAGGCCAUUCUUUGCCACAUCAUGUCUCGACCUGGACUCACGCAGCAGACACUGGUGGAGCAUUACAAAGAUUUGCUGCAGCCAAGGGCAGUGCUGGACCUUGUGAAGGCACUUAUAGACUUGGGCUGUGUGACAAAGAAAACUCUGGUUAAAAGUCCUAAACCCUCGCUGUUUGCCCGCUCUGCACACCAGACAAGAAGUGAAACAAAAAUGAAGAUUGAGGAGCCAGAUACCAUCUAUUACGAGCCCACCAUCUGCUGCUGCCUGCGGCUCUGUCAGGUGUUACCAAAUGAACGAGACUGGAACCACUCUGUGCCAUGAAGUUACCCAUCAGCCUCAGACAGCCUGCGCUCGACCUGGUGUCACGUUCUAUAAUAUAACAUUUCUGAAGUUGACUUAAAAGUUGUAGCAACAAUCAGACUGUUGCGAUAAUUAAAUCCGAUCAUUUUACAAAUGUGUUGUUGGGUUCUUUAUCUUUAUGACUUUUCCUGUUUCAGCUGCAAAGUUUCUGUGUUCUGUUUUUCUUGUAAAAUUAUAAAUAAAAAUCAACUUUUGACCAAACGAAAA